AUGCCUGAGUUCAUAUCUGUGGACGAGUUCAUCGAGGAGACUUUGGAGGACUACAGUUCUCCCACGACGUCUUCCUUCAUCACUAAAAUGACAAGCUGUCGGAAUUCUGUUAACAAUAUUGAAGAGGCUUUGGACUGUGACCGUACAGUACUGCAGAAAAUGAAGAAAGCCUCCAAAGCCAAGCAUGUGACAGGACAAGACCACAUAUCACAUUUGGAGGUCUAUAUUAACUCAGUGGAGAAGCUGGCUGUCAACUUCCGCAGCAACGGAGAGCAGGAAGUGGCGUCCUCCUUUAAUAAGUUUGCUGAAUUCUCCAAAGAGCUUCUGUCACCAAUGAAGAACAUGCUAAAGAGCAUGCUGCACAACGUCAACUUCUUCCUGGACUCACUAGUGAAAGGGGAUCUGAAAGAGGUCAAAGGUGACUUGAAGAAACCAUUUGAUAAAGCAUGGCGGGAUUAUGAGAAUAAGUUCACUAAGAUAGAGAAAGAAAAGAGGGAGCUGGCUAAGCAGUAUGGGAUGGUGAGGACAGAAGUGAGUGGUGGAGAGAUUGCUGAGGAGCUGGAGAAAGAGCGCAGAAUGUUCCAGCUGCAGAUGUGUGAGUACCUCAUCAAAGUGAAUGAUAUUAAGACCAAGAAGGGUGUGGACCUGCUCCAAAAUCUCAUCAAGCACUACCAUUCACAAUGCAAUUUCUUUCAGGAGUGCUUAGUCGCCACAGAGAAGCUGAAGCACUACAUUGACACUCUGACUCCAAGACUGAGCAUUAUCAAACAUAGCCAGGAUGAAGAGAAGAGACGACUCUGCUCUCUCAGAGACCAGCUGAGACUGGCACUGCAGCCUGAACUUAAAGAGGACUCUUUCUGUAAACAGGCUGCUUACAGUAUGCACCAACUACAAGGCAACAAACAGUAUGGCACAGAGAAAUCAGGCUUCCUGUACAAGAAGAGUGAUGGGCUGAGGAAGAUGUGGCAGAAAAGGAAGUGUUCUGUGCAAAACUGCUACCUGACCAUUGCUCAUGGAACUCCAAAUAAAGCACCAGCCAAACUAAACCUCCUAACAUGUCAGGUCAAACCCAGUCUGGAAGACAAGAAAUGCUUUGACCUCAUCUCCCAUAACCGCACUUAUCACUUUCUUGCUGAGGAUGAGCCAGACUGUGUAGCGUGGAUCUCAGUGCUGAUGAAUAGUAAGCAGGAGGCUCUGAACGAGGCUCUAGAUGAACACAAACAGACCGGUGAAAGCAGUGUUGAGGAUCUGACACGAGCAGUCAUAGAGGACAUCCUCCGCAUGCCGGGCAACCACAUCUGCUGUGACUGUGGCGCUCCAGAUCCUACUUGGAUUUCGACAAACCUGGGCAUCCUGAUUUGUAUCGAAUGCUCAGGAAUCCAUCGGGAGAUGGGGGUGCAUUACUCCCGCAUCCAGUCCCUUUCGUUGGACAAGCUUGGCACCUCUGAACUCUUGCUGGCAAGAAACAUUGGGAACUCAGGGUUUAAUGAAAUCGUUGAGGCCAACCUUCCAAGUCAGUUUCUGAAGCCGUCUGCAGACAGUGACAUGGCGACACGUAAAGACUUCAUCCUGGCAAAGUAUAUCGAGUGUCAAUUUGCUCAUCGUAGCGGUUGUUCCUCCGACACCCUGCGGAGACGACUAAAGGAGGCGGUACAUUCACGAGAUAUCUUCAGCCUGGUGCAGCUCUACUCAGAAAAACUGGACUUGACCCAUCCUUUGCCCAGCCCACUGCAGGAAAAACGAGAGACUGCACUGCAUCUUGCUGUGUUACUAGCAGACCGGACCUCGCUGCACAUGGUGGACUUUCUGGUACACAACAGUAACAAUAUGGAUGCCCAGACUGUGAAAGGAAACACUGCCCUGCACUACUGCUGUCUUCACAAUAAAACUGAGUGCCUAAAGCUACUCCUGAGAGCCAAGGCCAAUGCACAUAUCAAAAAUGAGAAUGGUGAAACAGCUCUGGACAUUGCUCGAAGACUGAAGUACACUCACUGUGAAGAGCUGAUCCAGCAGUCUCAGAAUAACCAGUACAACAUGCACAUUCAUGUGGAGUAUGAAUGGAGACUGCGGCAGGAUGACUUGUAUGAGAGUGAUGAGGACCUGGAAGACAAGUCAGGCCCAGUGAAGAAGGAACGCUUCGGACGUCCAUUCAGCAUGUACCAGAGCAGCUGUUCUUCACAAAACCGGGGUGGAGGAGGAGGAGGAGGAGGAGGGAUCCUCAGCAUGACCCGGAGAUUGACUAUAUCUCGGGGAGAUCACAAGCGGGAUGUGUAUUGUAGUCCCGCCAGUCAGACGCGCAGCUUGGAUAGUCCACCACCUCCACCGCCAUCUUCACCUGCACCUCCACUGCCUCCAAGAGUGAAAGCACCCAACGUUCCUCCUCCUCCCCCUCCUGUGAGUCCCCCAGAAGACUGGAGUGAGGUUCCAUUCAGCAAAAAAAAAUCCCCCCCUCCUCCCUUGAUAAUCCGACAUGCGCGCACUUUCUCUGAGCCCUCACCCCAGGUGCCAUACAGUCCUCGUGGUGAUUCCUGCUCUGGGAAUAAUGAAUAUGGAGUGCCAGCAAGUCCUCGAGGCUUCAGGGACCAGGAUGGGUCCUUUCAUAAGUGUGGCUCCGGGUCUCCAAAGUACUCUGUAAAUGCUCUCAACUCCCUGUCUGAACUCCCAGAACAAGGCUUUCAAGCAGACACUGAAAGCAGCACAUCCCAUCUGUACUCAACAGUUCAUGGUCACAGCAGCUCUGCACAACAUGGCCCAGGUCUCUCCCCUACCUCUCCUCGCUCUUUCAGCCUGGACUCUAAUGGUAGCUCCUGUUCGUCCUGCCCCGGUGUCCCACACCCACAGCCCAGACAAAGUUUGAAGAAGUCGAAGCUGAGACGGGUAAAAGCCGUGUAUGACUGUGUGGCUGAUCAUCACGACGAGCUUACGUUCAGUGAGGGGGACGUACUGGUGGUUCUUGCAGAAGAAGACACUGAUUGGUGGCAUGGCUACAUCGAGGGAAAACCAAACAGGACCGGCCUUUUUCCUGCCUCUUUCGUCUCAUUGUUGUCUGAAUGAAGAUGGUCAAAGGAUGGUGAAGUACCAAACGCCCUUAAAAGUGUUAGUGA